AUGCCGACUAUGGCGCGAACCGUCGUUGCGACCGGCGCUUCAUCUGGGCUGGGCUUCGAGGCCGUCAAACAACUCCUACAGCAAUCCCGACCGUACGAAUUCAUCAUUGGCGCACGAGAUCCGUCGACCACCCAGGCGGCCUACGACAGAGUCCAAUACGAUACAACAGCACAUAGCAUCUCCAUCCUGCCGCUGGACCUCACAGAUCUGAGAACGGUCAAGUCCUUUGCGCAGCAGAGUCUCGAGCGCCUCAACAAGGACAAGUUGGACAUCCUGUUCCUCAACGCGGGCAUGAACAAGGCUGCGAUUGGCCCCGGAUUGCACGGGUCGCCGUGGUGUGAGUCGUAUGUCGUCAAUCAUCUUUCGCAGCACUAUCUCACGCAUCUUCUCCGCGAGAAACUGAGCACUUCACACUCGCGCGUCGUGGUAGUAUCCUCGGGAUUGAUCCGCAGCAUCAAAGAGGAUGAUAUCAUCAAAACCAAAGUUUCAGCGGGCUCUGGCGCCGAUGGCUUCGCAGUCUACCAUGCAACCAAGUUCGCCCAAUUUCUUGGAGCCCACUGGUGGCGUAGGCAACUGGGACAAUCGGCUACGGUUCUUGCAGUUUCUCCAGGGCUUGUUCUCGGCACUGGUCUUGGUAGACAUCUAGAUUUCGUGCCUAAUACGGAUCAUCUGCCUGAUAAGUUGACGGUGGAACAAGGAGCCAGGAAUCUAUUGCGUGCAUUCGACCAGGCCAACUUCCCGGAUGAUCCAGAACAAAUAUUCCUCACGAGCUGGGGUGAAUGGUGGCCGAAGGAUGCGUAUGGUCCAAGUCUUGACAAGAGCCUGCAAGACUGGUGGUGUCCGAGUAUGGAAGAGAUUGAGAAAGAGGCAGGCAUCGCUGGCUGA